UUUAAACUGCUCAAAUCGGACAGAGUUUUCAGACCGACUAAACUUGCUCCAAACUGAGUGAUGGCGGCCGCCGUGUCUGUUAGCACAGCUGCCAUAGAUGAAACGACAGACACAGGGCCCAGUUUCGCCUCUUGUCCACUAAAUGAAAAUCACGACCUCGCCACGGAUCAAGUAAACUGGGUGCCCGGAGAUCGCCGUUAUGCCGAACUCCUCCACGGAGAAGAGGACGUUACUCCGGGACGCGAGUGUCAGAGAAGGGUCGACGAGGACUUGACAUCGCUGAGCCCUGAGGAGAUUGAGAGCCGCUUGGAGAGAACCCGCCGGGAGUUUUACAACCGCAGAAAAAUUAUCAUAAAAAACCUACCCUCCGACGUUAGCAACCAGGAGGUCCAUGAGCUGUUGGGCAGCUAUGACUUGAAGUACUGCUUUGUUGACAAGUACAAGGGCACAGCAUUUGUGACACUACUGAAUGGGGAACAGGCGCAGUGUGCCAUCAAAGAGUUCCACCAGCAUGCGCUACGGGACAGGGAGAUCACCGUGCAGCUGCAGCCGACAGACGCUCUGCUGUGCAUCGCCAACCUGCCCCGCGCUUUCAGCCAGCAGCAGUUUGAAGAGUUGGUGCGACCAUUCGGCAACCUGGAGCGUUGCUUUCUGGUUUACAGCGCCUCCACCGGCCAUUCCAAGGGCUACGGCUUUGUGGAGUACAUGAAGAAGGACUCGGCAGCCAGGGCCAAGUCGGAGCUCUUAGGGAAGCAGCUGGGCUCCCGCAUGUUGUACGUCCACUGGACUGAGGUGGGCUCCCUCACUUACCCACUGCUGCACUCCAAAUGCCUGUGUGUGGACCGCCUGCCCCCCAGUCUGCUGACAGCCCAAGACCUUCGCACUGCCUUGGCUGACACCCAUACACCGGCCUUCUGCCAGUUGGCUCAGGGACAAGACGGAAGUUUCCGGCGUUUUGCAGUCUUGGAGUUUGCCACUGCAGAAAUGGCCGAGGAGGCACAGCGACUCACAGAUGGCCGGCUGCUGGGCGGGACGCACAUCAGGGUGUCCUUCUGUGCCCCGGGCCCUCCUGGGAGAAGCAUGUUGGCUGCUCUGAUCGCCGCACAAACCAUGGCUGUAAACAGAGGUAAAGGUCUCCUCCCUGAUCCCACAGCCAUGCAGAUCCUCACAGGCCUCAACAACCCCGCCACCCUUAAAAUGCUGCUCAGUCCUCUGUCACAGGGACACAAACAAGGUAUCCUCGGAGCAGCCCCUACAAUGCCGCUGCUGGCCAACCCCGCUCUCUCCGCUGCCCUGCUCCAGUUGCUCCUGCAGAACCAGGCCAAGGCCCAGCAGCAAGCCUUUCUGGGAAAUCAUCUUCUGUGGGCUCAGGUGCUGCACAAUAAAGAAAACCCUCUCGUGCCUUGUGCUGGACUCAUCGGGGAGAAUCCUCUGGCUGCUCUGCCUGUCCAGCAGGGUGUCCAUCUGCUCGGAGACCUGCCCCAAGGUGGUGUAGUCCCAGGUCUGGGUCUGCAGACGGAUCCCCUGCCCCCCUUAAAGUCAAUGCCACUUGGUAGAGCCCUGGCAAGGGAGCAAGAGUCCCCCACAUCAGCGGGUUCCUUCCCCCAAACUUCCUCUCCCACCCUACCGGGCAUCUCUAUGCCCCUGUUGGGGGGCAUGAUGGGGGCAGACGCCCUCGCAGCACAAGGGGUAUCCAUACUUGGAGAUCCUCCAAAAGAUGCAAAUCUUCCCCAGAGUGCUUUCCUCAAUGUCAACAAUGUUUUCCCCUCAGGAGGAAACUGCAGACCUCACCCCUAUAGGAAGAGGCCAACGCUGACUAAUGUGUCCAACCAGCACGCACACCAGAGCAUACCGCCAAAUUACAGCCUGCGUUACCAGGAUUCCUACAGCCCUGAGUAUCCUCCUCUACACCAGGAUCCCCUGGCCCACUUAUACGAACAGCAGGAGAAUCUUGAUGACGGAGCUUUGGCUGGAUUCGGUCAGCAGCUCUCCCGUUACCCUGAAUACAGUGAGCGGUUUCCCCUCUACAGUUACCCUUCCAGCCCACCCCUGCCUUCAUAUUUCAGCUCAGGGCCCGAGGGCUCCAGUAACAGGAACCUCCCGACCACACAGCUCAACAGGGCUGUGGGGAUGCCUCCUGUGAGCCACACCACCGACUUCCCGCCAGGCCUGGGGAAUGUUAUGAAGACUCCCAUUGGUAGCCACAAGCGAGUCUUCUCCCGGCUGAUCCCGUCCCCGGAGCCGAGCCCUGAGGGCGGCUACGUGGGCCAGCACUCCCAAGGCCUCGGUGGUCACUAUGCAGACUCCUACCUUAAGCGUAAGCGUAUAUUCUAAAUACAGCUGAAUGCUUCUUGCCUUAUGAGUAGCCAUUCAACAGCCAGGACACAGUGGCAUCUCCUCCCCAUCUCCUUCAGUGGACUUUGUAGCUUGGCGGUCCUUGGAUUUGUCUCCUGUGAGUGACCCCUGGAGGGCGCUGAGGAGUGCAGUCUGUUGCUGUCUGGACAGUUGUCGCUCAGUGGGAAAUUAUCGGUUGUUUGGUUUUUGUUUUUGUUUUUUUCCCCCUUUUUUUUCUGUGCAUGUAUGAUUAUAGCAUGUUUGUAAAUUAAGUUUUUACUUUUUCCUAUUUUUAUUUGAUUUUUAAUUUCCUGUUGAAAAACGUGUACAGUGAGAAAAAAUGGUUAAUUAGCUAAUGGAGUCUUUUCUUUUAAGCAUUUUUUUUAUUAUUAUUCCUGUAUUGUGUAUCAGCAGAUCUACGGUUGGCCAGUUUUCAGCGGCAGCUCAUAGCAGCUGCUUUUUAUAACUGACAUCUCACUAAAAUGUCAUGCUGUUCACAAUUUCUGGCAAAGGGACUCGCAUAGUGUAAAAAGCUUUACUUCAAAGGCUCGACUUUUUAAAAUGGCCUUGCUAAUUCCAUGUAAAAAAGUUCAUGAGUUUGUUUAAUGAGAUGGUGUUUUGUGUUGUGGUGGGUUUUUUCUUGUUUCCCCCUUUACUACCACAGGGUUGUGAAUUUUGCUGUUAAACUUCUUCUGGUUUCAGGCAUUUUUCUCAUUGGUUAACGUGCAGCUUUCCAUCCACCAAUGACUGAUGUAUGUACCAGAGUUUGUAUUAUGAGGUGAAGCUUUUUACCAUUCUGGGAUGUUUUCUCAAGCCUUCACUUUUCCAUGUUGUUCGUCUUUUGAUCCACGCCCUCCAGCCUGUCCGACUCUUCCUUUUUCCUCCACAUCGGUUGUCGAGUGAUGCACGUGGAGGGCACACUAAUUUGUUCUCACCUGUAUAAGUUGCCAUUUCAAGUCUCCUCUCACUCACAUGUCCAGGAGUAGACUAUUUUCUGUGUUUACGUGGGUUCUGCAUUGCGAAGUUGAAUUUUGAAUGUCUUUAAAAGUCUAAACCUCACAUCGCUGGGUGGGUGGGGCGGUGGACACGGGCUGUGUGCCAUCUCUGGAGCUGUCAGCAGAUGGUGAAUACAGGAACAUGUCUCCCCGGCGAGUGGCUCGACUCUCAUCUGAAUUCUUUAAAUGAGUACAUGGCAGCAGGAAUGAUGUGCGCAGCUCAACGUUUCCCAGUAAUGGUGGGAGUUAAGUCUGUCUGGGGAGAUACUAGUGGCAGAUGAUUGGUCAGUAACAUGGCUGUCUUUGUUUUUCUUUUCUUUUCUUUUUUUUUUUUUUGAAUAAUUAUCUGGUUGACAGUUUGAUUGUGAAAAACCCAUUACCUCUGAUUUCUGCUCGGAAAUGCAGCUACACUUGAGCCUUAACAGUGUUAUCUGUGAUCUCAUCCUGCCCUGUGUUGGCUUCCCUCUUCAUUUACCAUUUCUGUGUUAUUUGCUGUGUAAAUAGUUCAAGCUUGAUCCUUUUUUUUUUUUUUUUUUCCCCUCCCCCUUCGAGUCCAAAACAAUUGUUUUCUUGAAUCAUACCUGCCUCUGGUCUGGUGUUUAGAAUGCAAUUUGCUGCUCUUUGUGUUUUUCUUGUCCCCCUCCCGUACGUUUGAAAGCUGACGUGACCAAGAGUGGCACCACAGCAGACUGCUCAUGUUGUGUAUAGACCAAGAGAUGCAGCUGUACUGUAUGAUCAUCAUUCACUCGGAGUGAUUUACCUGCUACCCUCUCAUCUGUACCACCAUGGUUGUCUCUGUAUGUGUGUGUGAUGUGCGCAAGUAAAUGUUAUUUAAACUCA